UCAAAUGUUCGUGAUGAUACAUGUGCUAGCAUUUCACUCUUGGAUUUACUAAAAGCAAACAAACUGUUUCCUUGCAAUGGCCCCAUGGGAUUUCACUCAAACAGGUGUAAAUCACUCCAUGCCGUUCAUCAUGUUAGCCAGCUUUGCAGAGCUCUCGUAUCUCACCAUCAUUCAUUAUCAUGAGCCUCAGUGAGAAUAUUCCACUGUUGGAUGUUUUAGGAACACAGCAAAAUGUGAUAUUGAGCAUAGUGACUAUCUAUAAUGACGAUCUGGUGAUCUUAUUGUCUGUCUGCAACACUUUUAGGGUUGGAUCCCUGGAAGAAUAGAAUUUAUAGCGUUAUCUACACACAAGGACUCUUGGCAAUGGUUUUUAGAAAGCAUACGGUUUAAAGAACAGAUGUGUCAGGGCUUUUCAUUCUAGAUUAUGAAAAACACAUGAUCUGACAUUGACAAGUUUUAAUGUGUGUGAAUAAUUUUACUUAAUUUAGUUUAUUAAGUUUUUUAUAAUUGUUUAUGUCCUUCUUUUGGUUUCCUAGAAGCCUGUUCGACUUUCAGAGAUUCUCUUGAUCCUGCUAUGCAGUGUGUAUCCACUUAGAAAGGCUGACGCAUAUCAUGAUGACUCUGUUUCAUUUGAUGGAGUGUAAUAUAGUGUGGUUGGUGUUUGAGGCAUACUAAUAAGUCAUUUUGAGACAUACUCCAAAUGUGACCAGCUGCUUAGAAAGUGUACAGCAAUAAGUGACCUAUAAGCCUUAAAAUGAGUCAAGUUUGAUUUGUAGAAUAAAUUAAAUCACAAAAAAUGACUUCAACAGGGUUUUCACUGGGUUACAUAUUUGCUUUUUGAUUGCUUUUUUGCUUUAUACAUUAUAUCUAUUUUAAUUAUUUAAAUUUCUUGGGUAGGGUUGAGUCAAUAUUUAGUAAUAUGUAUUAGUAAAAUGUUAACAUUAUGUUUACUGUAUACAAUUAUUUAUUAAUAAAAGUAUUUGAUAAAUGUUUUUAAUGUGUACACUACUAUGCGCGUACAGGCUUGUGAAUAUAAAAGUAAAAUACAGUGACAAAUUUUAAGGCAGCUAAAAAGCCACAAUUUCCUCCCUUCGGGCUCUGUUAGACUGCAAUAGAGGAACCUGCUGAUUUCCAAUAGCGCACAUGGACCCCUAGUGGAUGUCAGUGGGAAGUUUUAAUAGAGAUCCAUUGAGAAGAUGUAUAAGUGGGUGACAUUGUGACGCGGUUCAUUCAGUGCGAGCUGAGUGAAAGAAAAGGAGGGUUCUCCAGCUUCAUGAGUCUCCUUUACGCACAGACUGACAGCGGAUAGAAAGCCUGUUAAAAUGGAUAAAAUUGUUAUAUUAAAGGUUGAAAGGAACACCGUGCAGUAAGUGUUUUUACCUGGGUCUCCAAAUACGUGUGGUGACACCUGUUAAGUCGAAAGCUGGUUAUGCGUAAAGAAAGCAGAUCGAUUAAUACAUGUUAAGUAGUCGUGUGCUUUUGGCACCAUGGUGGACAUUCUCAUGGAUAAAGACUUUUGGUCCUUGAACGAGUCAUUUAAAAACUCCAGCAUCGAAAACAGCACUUACAGUGUGAACCAGACGGCGAAUCCCCUGAAGAGAAAUGAAGAGGUGGCCAAAGUGGAAGUCACCGUGCUGGCGCUGGUGCUGUUCCUGGCGCUCGCUGGGAACCUAUGCGUCCUCGUUGCUAUCCACACAGCCAAGCACAGUCAAUCCCGCAUGUAUUACUUCAUGAAGCAUCUGAGCAUCGCAGACCUCGUGGUUGCCGUCUUCCAGGUUCUCCCUCAACUCAUCUGGGACAUCACUUUUCGGUUUUAUGGACCAGACAUCCUUUGCCGAUUGGUGAAGUAUUUGCAAACCGUGGGGAUGUUCGCAUCCACUUACAUGUUGGUACUGAUGUCCAUAGACAGAUGUAUGGCGAUCUGUCAGCCCCUUCGUUCCUUACACAGACGAAAGGACCGUUGUUAUGUGAUUGUUUCGUGGGCACUAAGCUUACUUUUCAGCAUCCCACAAGUUUAUAUAUUCUCCUUAAGGGAGAUGGGUGAUGGAGUAUAUGACUGCUGGGGAGAUUUCGUGCAGCCUUGGGGAGCCAAAGCCUACAUAACGUGGAUUAGUCUGACGAUAUAUAUCAUUCCAGUGGCCAUCCUGAGUGUCUGCUACGGUCUGAUAAGCUUUAAAAUAUGGCAAAACUUUAAAAGGAAAACUAAGAGGGGUCAGUGUAUCACUCUCACACCUACUGCAUCCAAAUGCCACGCGGUCGCGCGGGUCAGCAGCGUCAAGCUCAUUUCCAAAGCCAAAAUCACCACGGUUAAAAUGACUUUUGUUAUUGUCGUGGCUUACAUAGUGUGCUGGACACCGUUUUUCUCCGUGCAGAUGUGGUCUGCUUGGGAUCCAGAAGCACCGAGAGAAGCAAUGCCCUUUAUCAUCUCCAUGUUACUGGCCAGUCUAAACAGUUGCUGUAACCCUUGGAUCUACAUGUUUUUCGCUGGACAUCUAUUCCACGACCUAAAGCAGAAUCUGUUCUGCUGCUCCACGUCCUAUCUGAAGUCCUCUCAAAGCCGAUAUGAUCCAGAGCACGAGUCCCGUAAGAGCAACUCCUCCACCUACGUGAUCAAAAGUACCAGCAGCCAAAGGAGUAUUACCCAGACGUCUGUCACAUAAGCCAGAUAUACCUCUGAACCAUUUCUGACACUUCUGAAAGCCAGAUAAAGGAAUCCCAAAAUAGAAACUGACAAGAGAAGACUUUAAUUGAAGCUGCAUUUCACAAUCCAUUUGCUUCAGUUGUUGUGUAUACUUUUGGGAAUUAUCUCACAUAAUUUGUUGAAACGUGCCCAUUUUCAACGCCAUCAGAUGAACCUCCAGGGACAAACUCUUCAAGAGUAAAUACUUCUAUAUCUUUAUGUAUUGUCCUUUUAGACAUUACAGCAGGACAUUUGUGCGAUCUAAACAUGGGAAAAAGUCCAUAUAUAUUUUCAGGUGAACCUGAAAAUUUAUAACUGAAACAUAUUCCAGCACUUUGGUUUGUAUUACAGAAGUCUCCUGGAGAAGUCUUAUUCUCUCUCUAGCGGUUUACAGUGCAUAAGUAAAGAGUUCAUAACUGAAGAGGGAACUUCACAGGCCCUGGGAAAACAAUUUUGGGUAGAGAACCUUUGCGGCAGACCCCUACUUCAUCACAGGGCAUGAGACAAUGUUCCCAAUGUUCCCAGUUUCCUCCGGCGAUGGCUCUGCAGCAGGAUCAUAUUACUGUAUAAUGAUACUGGGAACUGUUGGUCAGUGUGCAAAACAUUGCACAUGUGGAUUUAAAACAAGGACAUUGGAUAAAAACAAGAUGUGAAUGACGCUGCAGAUUCUGAACUUCUACAGUAUCAUCUGUUCUGUAUAAUGUCCCAUUACAAACAGUUGCUUUGAAUUUUUGUUGAUUUUUAAAAAUGACUUUGCAUUAUUUUAAGACAUUAACAUUCAUGUCAAUAGUGUUCUUUCAUAUUUUACACACACACUUUCCUGUCAAGGUCCACAGCUAUUUGCACAAAUGGAUUUCCGCAGUGUUGUAACCAAAUAGUGUACGACAAAAACCCCAAUGCUGGUUUAGAGGUAAGGAACUGGUUAUUCUCUCAUUCUCUCAUUUGGUCUUGUUAAAGAGAGUGUUGUGUAGUCAAUACGAUUCAAAUGUUUAUUUCAGUUAACACUGAUAUUUUUUCUUAUGUUGCUCUAAAAACGUUUGUUGUCAAAAUUAAUGAAAUAUUCUAAAGAAAAAAUGUUUGUUCACUAGAGAGGACAAAUAAAUUUAAUAAAGUUGUUUAAUAUCUCUGCAAACAGAAUAUAAAAAAAUCAAGGCGGCAUUAUCCGCUGAAGAUAUUUAUUUUACAAUAUUUAAGGGUUACUUUCAAUCUAUAAAGCUACUGAGUUUUUCCUCCUGAUCAAAAUACUGCCUAUUUACAUUUGAUACUGUAUGUGUAGCUGUAGGUUUUAUUUAUUGAAAUCAAUUGUAUGUGUUAAUAUGUCUAACUGUGAGUAAAUGUUUUGAUAAGUGGAGUACUUUAUAAUAAGGCAUGUUUUGUCCAACUUUAAUAUUAAUCUUCUAGCUAGUUGUUAAAAUCAAAUAAAUGAAACAGAUUUUUAUGGCAGCUUGAGAAAAUGUGAAAUGCUUAAAUAAUGAGGCGUUUGUUUGUAGCAUGAGCAUCAGUCUGUCAUAUCUGGGUUGGCAAAUUUGAUGUUCCAGCUAGUUGGUUUCAUAAAGCCCAAAACUCUAU